GGAGAGGGCCGCCGCCCAGCAGUAGACGCUUUCCGUGCCCGCCAAGCUGUCUUUGCUGCGGGGUGUGUGUGUGUGACUGAGCCCGGGCCCAGACCCCUCCUGUCCCGCCGCCGCCAUGGGCUGCACGUUGAGCGCCGAAGACAAGGCGGCGGUGGAGCGGAGCAAGAUGAUCGACCGCAACUUGCGGGAGGACGGAGAGAAAGCAGCCAAAGAAGUGAAGCUGCUGCUGCUGGGUGCUGGAGAAUCCGGUAAAAGCACCAUUGUGAAGCAGAUGAAAAUCAUUCAUGAGGAUGGCUAUUCAGAGGAAGAAUGUAAACAGUAUAAAGUAGUUGUCUACAGCAAUACUAUACAGUCCAUCAUUGCAAUCAUAAGAGCCAUGGGACGACUAAAGAUUGACUUUGGGGAAGCAGCUAGAGCAGAUGAUGCCCGGCAAUUGUUUGUAUUAGCUGGCAGUGCUGAAGAAGGGGUGAUGACUCCAGAAUUGGCAGGAGUGAUUAAACGGUUAUGGCGAGAUGGAGGCGUGCAAGCCUGCUUCAGCAGAUCCAGGGAGUAUCAGCUCAAUGAUUCUGCUUCAUAUUACCUAAAUGAUUUGGAUAGAAUAUCCCAAACCAACUACAUUCCAACUCAGCAAGAUGUUCUUCGGACAAGAGUCAAGACCACAGGCAUUGUGGAAACGCAUUUUACCUUCAAAGACCUGUACUUCAAGAUGUUUGAUGUAGGUGGCCAAAGAUCAGAAAGAAAAAAAUGGAUUCACUGUUUCGAGGGAGUGACUGCGAUCAUCUUCUGCGUGGCCCUCAGUGAUUAUGACCUGGUUCUGGCUGAGGAUGAGGAAAUGAACCGAAUGCAUGAAAGCAUGAAGCUGUUUGACAGCAUUUGUAACAACAAAUGGUUUACAGAUACUUCAAUCAUUCUCUUUCUUAACAAGAAAGAUCUUUUUGAAGAAAAAAUUAAAAGGAGUCCUUUAACUAUCUGUUACCCAGAAUACACAGGUUCCAAUACAUAUGAAGAUGCAGCUGCUUACAUUCAGUGUCAGUUUGAAGAUCUGAACAGAAGAAAAGAUACCAAGGAGAUCUACACUCACUUCACCUGUGCCACAGACACCAAGAAUGUGCAGUUUGUUUUUGAUGCUGUUACAGAUGUCAUCAUUAAAAACAACUUGAAGGAAUGUGGACUGUACUGAAGGGUGUGAAUGUUUAUACAAGUUUCUGUGGUGGUGUGGAGUGUUGAGACCAGACGUCUGUGGCUGUCUCGUAGGCAGUGCAAGCAUGGUGGGACCAGACACGGCGGCAGCAUGUGGAAUUCUAGCACUCUGUAGCACAGUCUUCUCUCUUAAGGAGCUUGCAUGUGACCUGACAUGCUCACAGCAGACAUUGGAAUUGGGCAACUGUAGAGCAUAAUUUGACCAUCAAGACAUCAUUGGAUUUUGUAAUUUCGAAUGUUUAGGGCAGAUGUGAAGUUUGAGGUGCUGCAUUCCAGACCUUCAAUAUGUAGCUUACUUGUGUUUCCUUCUUAACCAGCCCCCUAAUGGUCCUUUUUUAAAGGUUUUUGUUUCCUCAAGAGAAUAGCUUCACUAAAUUUUUUUCUUUGUUUGCGAAAGAAUCUUUAUUAAAACACAAACCUAUGCACAUGAUGUGAUAAAGAUCAUCUUGAAAAUAUUCCUCUUAGUAGGAACUCUGUUUUUAACUCUUGGUAUGGUCAACAUAUAGUAUUUCUGUAAUUACUUAAAAUAAUUCUUUCUGGUUAUUGGGACUGUAAGUACAGUAUCUUGGGUUGAAGCUUUUGUUACUCUCCUACUCAGAAUAUAGUUACCAUUUCUGAAUGGUAUUUACCUUGGAGAGCUGUGCAGCAAGAGUCUAGCUUUUUUGUUUUGUUUUGUUUUUUUGUUUCUUUUUAAACUUAUGGUUGGAGAUUAACUUUGUUUAUGCUGUUUACCAAAUUACUAGAUAAAUGCUCAUGUAGUAUGCUAAUGUCACCUUCAGAUACAGACAUCCCAGGCUGACUGCCAAUUAGGAAUACAAAUUGCUAAGUUCCAAACAAAACUGGUAACUUCCUGCUACAAAUCUACUAAAUUGACUGCCUUGAUUCUUGCUUGUUUGUCUUUAUCAUAGAGAGUUUUGUAGAGAUGCCCCUCAUUUUCCAUCUCCAUGGUCUUUUCUGUUUGGAGACGUCUUAAGAUUAAGAAUGCAUGCUUUUACUUUGUAAAUGUGGUGCCAAAUCCAUGUUUGCCAUUGUUUUUACUGUAGCAAUGUUAAUUGUGAUAAUUCUUACCUAGAAUGUUCUUUUGCUGAAAAACGAUUGCUUUUUGGACUUUUUUCCCACUUUGUCAUGUGUACAGAUUUUAAUCUGUUAUAGUUGGCAGCAGUAUUAAAAUGGUGAGUAAAGAGUCCAGGUUUGCUCCUGUUUGUAACUAGUGCUUUCCGGAAAUACUAUCUUCUGUUUCCUUUUGCCCCUGUUAAAUGUGGUUUGGCCUCUGACAGUGGGUGCACAGCAAAGGUUCCCUAAAGGUCUAAUUCUUUGGUAAGAGGAUUGUUGCAUCUUGACCUUUGAGGGAUUUAUGUUGUAUCUCUGAACCAGUGACAUGCAGUCCUAAUCUGUCUUCCAGAUGUGCAUUAGGCUGUGUGGGCAGCUGUACUCCCUUCAGCAUGUAGGUCCUUCUGUACAGUGUACUGCAAGUGUCAUUUGAAUGGUCCCUUGGAAAAAGAGCAUGAAUUUUUAGCAUUUCACAUCAGUCGUCUCAACAGUGCCUUUUGGGUGCCAAUCUUUUUGGAUUGGAUUCUUUUUCACCUUCUGAUGUAACCCUUUACUAUUUCAGAGGGGGAAAAACCAGCAAAAACCUUUGGUGAUCCUUAGAGCUGCUUCAGAAGCAAGCCACAGUUCAGUGCCUUUGUGGUAGUUGAGUUUUCUUUCCUUUAUUUGGUUGGGAAGGGAAGGUUGGUAACAAACACAACUAUGCAGUCGUAAUUGUGUUAUCUAGCAAAACUUAUGUUAGGGGAGGUGAUGUGAAAGGAAGAACAUUUUCAACUUCAGUUGGGAAAUGACUUGUAUGUCCAUAAUGUAAAUAGGGUGGAUAGUUCUUAGUCAUUUUGAAUAUAUGUUUUCUGUAUUGUAUUCUGUAACAUAGAAUCAUCUGGAAAUGAGAACUGAUGAAAUACCA